UUGGCCCUGUGUUGGCCCAGCGCUGUUGCUAUAGCGGUGUACGUAUAGGUUAGGUUUAUCAUCCACGGCACUUUACUACGUACACUACUACUACUACUCUUCUUCAUCCUCAUCCUCGACAAGCUUUCAAAAUAUCAAACGAGGAUGCUCGACUUGUUCACAAUCUUCAGCAAAGGCGGCAUCGUGCUCUGGUGCUUCCAAAGCACAGCUCAAAUCUUUACACCAAGUGUUAACGCCCUAAUCAAAAGUGUCAUACUACAGGAGAGAACUGGAAAUCAAGUGUUUGAGCACGAUGCAUUACGCCUACAAUACAAAUUGGACAAUGAGUUUGAAUUGGUUUUUGUGGUGGCAUAUCAAAAAAUACUACAGUUAUCCUACAUUGACAAGUUUUUAAAUGAUAUCCAUCUGGAGUUUAGAGAUCGUUACAAAAAUGAGCUACAAAAUGCGCAAUGGUUUUUCAACUAUGAUUUCAAGAAAAUUUACGAGCAAACACUGAUAUUAGCUGAGCAAUGGAGUAAAUCUCAAGCUAAAAUUCCUAAACAAAUGAGAACUUUUGAUGAAAGUCAAAAGUCUAAAAAGACUGUCGCUAGUAUGAUAGAGAGAAAAGAUGAUCAUAAAGAUAAGGAUAAUAAGAAACAAAAUAAAAAAAAAAGGGGGACCAAUGAGGCUGACGAAAGUCAACCUAAAAUCCAAGAAGUGCCUAAAAUACCGGACUCGCCAAAACCGAAUGCCGUUCAAAAUGGUGAACUUGAUGAAGAAAUGUUAAUAGCUAACCGUAUAAAACUCGCUCAGAAAAUGUCUGGCCCCAAAAAAAAGGCUGAUAAACAAAAAAGUCCAAAGCCUGAAAAAGCUGGUAAGAAACCUAGGGUUUGGGAAUUAGGCGGAACAAACAAAGACGUUGCCUCGCUAGAACGUACUAAGGAUAAACCUGAAUUAUCAGAAGAAUAUGUUGCUACUGAUACAACAAUUAUUGGUCAAAUGAAAGGUAGCAUUCGAGAUUUGGAAGUUGAAAGCUCUUCUGAAGAAAACGAUGGUGACUCGGAUGAGUUGGAAUUCCAAAAAACUAAGCCUCAGCAAAAGAAAUCCAGCGGCAUGUUCUCCAUGUUUAAGAGUUUAGUUGGUAACAAAUCUCUCACUGAAGAAACCAUGCGUCCAGUACUCGAACAGUUGCGAGUUCACCUGAUUUCUAAGAAUGUUGCAAUAGAUAUCGCUGAAAAACUAUGCGAUUCGGUUUGUACAAAACUCGAAGGCAAAGUUCUUGGUACUUUCGACAGUGUUGCCAGCACCGUUAAAUCAUCAUUGACUGAUGCUCUCGUGCAAAUUUUGUCACCUGAACGACGAGUUGAUAUUCUUCGCGAUGCUUUUGAGGCAAAGAAGAAUAGUAGACCUUACGUCAUGGCUUUCUGUGGUGUAAAUGGCGUUGGAAAAUCUACAAAUUUAGCCAAGAUUUGUUUCUGGUUGAUAGAGAACAAUUUUAGAGUGUUAAUUGCUGCUUGUGAUACCUUCAGAGCCGGAGCUGUUGAACAGUUAAGAACUCAUAUGAAGCAUCUGAAUGCUUUGCAUCCACCGGAGAAGCAUGGAGGUUUUACUAUGGUUCAACUAUACGAAAAAGGCUAUGGCAAGGACGCCGCAGGUAUAGCAAUGGAGGCAAUUCGUUACGCUAGAGAAUCGCAUUUCGAUGUUGUACUAGUAGAUACGGCUGGCCGUAUGCAGGACAACGAGCCAUUGAUGCGCGCUCUCGCGAAACUCAUCAAGGUCAACGAUCCCGAUCUCGUGCUUUUUGUCGGUGAAGCCCUUGUUGGCAACGAAGCCGUCGACCAGCUUGUCAAAUUUAAUCAAGCUCUCGCUGAUUACAGCAGCACCACUAAUCCUCAUAUCAUUGAUGGCAUCGUGCUUACUAAGUUUGAUACAAUUGACGAUAAGGUGGGUGCUGCGAUCUCGAUGACUUAUAUCACUGGUCAGCCAAUUGUUUUCGUCGGUACUGGCCAGACUUACACGGAUCUGAAGUCCUUGAAUGCAAAAGCUGUGGUUCACGCCUUGAUGAAGUGAAUGUUAUCUA